AUGGGCUCCCGAGACUUUGGUGCUAUCAAAAGGAUGUUCUUGGUGAGUGUAAGCAACUAUUGCGCAAACCACGCACAAUGUCCUGUCAUUAUAAUCAAGGGAAAGGGCAUGGAGGAGGAAACUUCUUCAUACACAAAUAAGGUGUGUAGGUAUCUGGAUGAAUUGGAUAUUCUUUUUGAAGCUUUGGACCAUUCAAAGUGCAUUCGCAAAGUUGUUUUUGACUUGAGCCUUGCCAGAGGGCUUGAUUACUAUACUGGAGUCAUAUACCAGGCUGUCUUCAAAGGAACUACACAAGUUGGUUCGAUUGCGGCUGGUGGGCGUUAUGACAACCUUAUCGGCAUGUAUGGCACCAAGCAAGUCCCUGCUGUUGGAGUCAGCCUGGGGAUCGAACGUGUGUUUGCUAUAAUGGAGCAGGUUCAGAAGGACAGGAACCAGGUAAGAUGA